AUGACGCUUCCGAAUUGUGUCAUCCUGGGAAAAAAAUUCUGUCUGAUUAUUAAUAAGAGCCGAGAAUGGGAGCUGAGCGCAGCGUCUGAACCAUACACCAAUCUCCUCUCCGCGCUCUCUCCACCUCGCUCUCGCCGCCUGCCCACCUUCCUCCCCGCCGGCCUGCGGCCGCCCAGAACGCCUUCCACCAUGGCCACCUCAGCAAGUUCCAACUUGAACAAAGGCAUCCAGCAGCUGUACAUGGCCCUGCCUCGGGGUGAGAAAGUCCAAACCAUGUAUGUCUGGAUCGAUGGUACCGGAGAAGGGCUGCGCUGCAAAACCCGCACCCUGGACUGUGAGCCCAAGUGUGUAGAAGAGUUACCAGAAUGGAAUUUUGAUGGCUCCAGCACUUUCCAGUCUGAAGGCUCCAGCAGUGACAUGUACCUCCUCCCAGUUGCCAUGUUUCGAGACCCUUUCCGCAGGGAUCCUAACAAGCUGGUGUUCUGUGAAGUUUUCAAGUAUAAUCGGAAGCCUGCCAAGACCAAUUUAAGGCACACCUGUAAGUGGAUCAUGGACAUGGUCAGCAACCAGCACCCCUGGUUUGGAAUGGAGCAGGAAUGCACUCUCAUGGAGACAGAUGGGCACCCCUUUGGUUGGCCUUCCAAUGGCUUCCCUGGGCCCCAAGGCCCUUAUUACUGUGGCGUGGGAGCUGACAAAGCCUAUGGCAGACACAUGGUGGAGGCUCACUACCGGGCCUGCUUGUAUGCUGGAGUCAAGAUCACAGGAACAAAUGCCGAGGUCAUGCCUGCCCAGUGGGGAUUCCAAACUGGACCCUGUGAAGGAAUCUGCAUGGGAGAUCACCUGUGGGUGGCCUGCUUUAUCUUACAUCGUGUAUGUGAAGGCUCAGGCUGCCAUACCAACUUGAGCAGGAAGGCCAUGCGGGAGGAAAAUUGCCUGAAGUACAUUGAGGAGGCCAUUGAGAAACUCAGCAAGCGGCACCAGUACCACAUCCGUGCCUACAAUCCCAAGGGAGGCCUGGGCAAUGCCCGCCGCCUGACUGGCUUCCACGAGACCUCCAACAUCAACGACUUUUCCGCCGGUGUUGCCAACUGA